AUGGGUGGAGCCUCGCGGGUAAAUAGGAGCCGUGGGGACCAGGUCAGCCCGGCUAGGUUCGGCUCGGCUCUGCGCGCUCGCAGCUGCGGCCCAGGCUCCGGCGCUGCUCGGUGGGUCCUCGUCCAGCUUCACAAUGUGGCGGUCCUCGGCACCUCUCUGCUUGCUCCUGGCGCUGAGCAGCGCCUAUAACGCUCCUUGGUUCCACCCACUAUCGGAUGAACUGGUCAACUACGUCAACAAGCUGAACACAACGUGGCAGGCUGGACGCAACUUCUACAAUGUGGACAUGAGCUACGUGAAGAGGCUGUGCGGCACCUACCAGGGUGGGCCCAGGCUGCCAGAGAGGGUUCGGUUCGCUGAGGACAUGAAUCUGCCUGAGAGCUUCGAUGCCCGGGAACAGUGGCCCAACUGUCCGACUAUCAAGGAGAUCAGAGACCAGGGCUCCUGCGGCUCCUGCUGGGCGUUCGGGGCCGUGGGCGCCAUGUCAGACCGCGUCUGCAUCCACACCAAUGGCCGUGUCAAUGUGGAGCUGUCGGCUGAGGACCUGCUCAGCUGCUGUGGCCCCAUGUGUGGGGAGGGCUGUAAUGGUGGCUAUCCUUCCCAAGCUUGGGAAUACUGGACCAAAAAAGGCCUGGUCUCUGGUGGCCUGUAUGAGUCCCAUGUGGGCUGCAGACCCUACUCCAUCCCUCCCUGCGAGCACCACGUGAAUGGCACCCGGCCCCAGUGCACAGGGGAGGGUGGUGACACCCCCAAGUGCAGCAAGAAAUGUGAGCCCGGCUACUCCCCGUCCUACAAGGAAGAUAAGAACUAUGGGUAUGAUUCCUACAGCGUCUCUAGCAGUGAGAAGGAGAUCAUGGCGGAGAUCUACAAAAAUGGCCCGGUGGAGGGCGCCUUCACCGUGUUCUCAGACUUCCUGUCCUACAAGUCAGGCGUGUACAGGCAUGUAGCUGGAGAGGUGCUGGGGGGCCACGCCAUCCGCAUUCUGGGCUGGGGAAAGGAGAAUGACGUCCCCUACUGGCUGGUGGGCAAUUCCUGGAACGUCGACUGGGGUGACCAUGGCUUCUUUAAAAUCGUCAGGGGAGAGGAUCACUGUGGAAUCGAAUCUGAAAUCGUGGCCGGAAUCCCACGUACGGAUCAGUACUGGGGCAGGUUCUGAUCUGCACAGCCUGCCUGGCCUGGGGUGAGGCAGCUCAAGUGUCUUCCACUCUUGGGAUUCGUGUGACACAGUUUUAGACAGGGCCUGAAGACUGGCUGGCACUGCUCACUCCUUCCCAAACAGCUGUUUUCCGAGGAGACCUCCAUUUGGGUCCCCUGCCUGUCCAGGGACAAUGGCCACGCCGGUACAGACAGCCUCCUCCCCCUGUGGACUCCAUGCCUGCUGUUCCUGCUCUGCCUGAGGCCCCUCCCGCUCUACUCUGCUCCGCUUCUCCAUCAGCAGGACAGGCACAGCAGCUUCACAGCAGGCAUGGAGGUCCUGAGGGAUGGCGAAGCCCCGGAGCGUUCCCUCCAAGCAAGUAGCCCUGUCCUCACGCAUGGAGCAGGGUGGUGACUUUUCUGAAGAAAGCUGCCUUCCCCCAGGCUGCUGCUUCCACGCCCUCAAGUGUCGCCCGCCCUCUCCGUCAGUCUUGGCUGAUCGUUUUUAAUAGUUUCUGUGCCCCUCAGCUGAUCAUGUGAAUGAACAAGUUUAACAGCUGAAGGAGCUGCACUAGUUUCAUGGGUUAUCUCUUAAUUGUGUGGCUUAAAAUAAGUCCCAUGGGCAUGAUUUGCUUGUUGACCUGCUGACCUCAACUACCAUGGUGAAACUAGUUUGGGAGAAGGCAGCUUUGACUGUUUAAAAAAGAAAUCAGUGCUUCACCCUGUCAGUUUAACCAGGAACAACUGUGCCAAUAAAAGGUGUCCCCCCAG